UUUUCACAACAAAUCCAUCGUGCCGUUGUGGUUUGUGCAGCAAUUGUGCAUUUAUGUAAGUAAGUCUGCCGGCAGGUGGAUAAGUAAAGAAGAAAAUGCUUCGUUCGUGUCUAUCCAACUUGGUCCGCAUUCAUCGCUCGCCGGUACAGACAAGCAUAAGAAAUUAUGCUGCACCACCGAAACGGUUCUACAGAAACACCGGCGUAAUCUCCAGCAAUGGCCGGUUCGAGAUCACACUCGACAGUCGGAAGCUGAAAACACCGAGAGGAUUACCGUUUUACGUGGAAAGUGAACCACUGGCCGUCGCGAUUGCCAUGGAAUGGGACGCCCAGAAGGAUGUAAUUGACCGGUCGUCCAUGCAUUUGACUGCUUUGAGCAGCACAGUCAUCGAUAACCCGAACAGCCUGCAGAAGCAUGAUAUGGUGAAUUAUUUGGUAAACUAUAUCAACACCGAUACCGUUCUGUUCCACUCGAGUGAAGAACCAGAGCUCAAAAAGCUACAAAGCCAAGAGUGGACCCCGAUCGUCGACUGGUGCAACAAGCGGUACGAGAUCAACCUCGCCUCCACCGAUUCCCUCGUGGUGCCCACGUUUGAGCCCGGCAUGGCGAUGAAUUUAAGCCGUUACUUCUCCUCCUACAAUACGGCCGCCCUGCACGGGUUUGUGUUUGCGGUGGACACGAUCAAAUCCAUCAUCCUAACGAUGGCCUGUGCCGAUCGGUACAUCUCGAUCGAGAAGGCGGUACAGCUCGCCCGGCUUGAGGAAGAAUUCCAGCAGGGUCACUGGGGGAAGGUAGAGUGGGCCCACGACAUCCAGCGGCUCGAUUCACAGGCUCGGCUGUCCGCCGCCGUGCUGUACAUUUACUUCAACACCAGCAAUGCGUUUGUGAAGGAGAAAAUUUCACUGUAAAAUGGGAAAGGAUGAACAAAGAAAGCAUGCACACGAAG